AUGGCGUGGACUCUGGUAGGCCGGUCAGAUGAGGAGAUGAAGGACGAAGUGAAGGCGGCACUCCACAUCCAGACUAAUUCUCCAAACUCGACCGAAGACAAUUCCUUCUUGGUUAUAAUGAAUAAUUACUUUGGAAUUGGAAUUGAUGCCGACCUUUCCCUCGACUUUCACAACGCGCGUUCUGAGAACCCAUCAAAGUUUAAUAGCCGGGGCAUGCGCUUCUUGUUUGGAUCGAUUUUUCGAGGUGGGAGCAAAGGCGUAAGGUGGUUGGCUGCAAGCUCAGAAAAGGAUGCGGUAGCAAUAUGCGGCGGCUGUGUCGUCCUCUGGCUUACCCAAUUAACCUCUGCUAAUGAGCACGAGUCCAACUGUAGAUAG